AGAAAAUAACUCCAACUCCACUCAGUUUUCUCUAACUGCACAGUUAUCAGCUGGGAAAGCCUUCCCCCUCUAUGAUACAGCAGCAAAAGGAAUAUUUGGAAUACCAAAGUGUUUUCUUUGCAGUGAUUUCUUUUUGGGAUCUCAAUUCUCCGCUGCCUCUAAAUAAAAAUUAAUCCGAGUUUGGAUCCAUCUGGUCUCAGGAUUAGGAAAAGCGACUCUCCAAGCAGAUCCAAGAUGUUUAUUAAAGUUCCAUUCUUCAUCCUCGUCCUAGGGAGUGUUCCCUUCGCAGCACUUGCUGAAGAAGCAAGCUCAGUUCUAGAAGGAGAAGAAAGUGCAACGAUCGAUUUCAGAGAGAGAAAUGACACGGAAUUUGAAGCCCUGCCAACCCUGUUGCCCACCAGACUACACAAUGUAACAAAUCUCUUGCAGUUUGGACACCUGAUGACCACAGAAAGUGCUUUUGUCCCGGAUGGAGACAGUGACAAUUCUACUGGUUAUGGAGUUAACACAGAGAGUGUUGAUGGUGAACCGAGUGGGGAACCAGAGAAAACUGAAAAAGGUGGCCUGGAAACAAUUGCACUGGUUGGAAUAAUCAUUGGAAUCGUGGUUGCAGUUGGAAUCCUUGCAGGAAUAGUGAUUGCUGUCGUAAGGAAGAUGUCAGGCAGGUACUCGCCCUGAAAACAGUUGAAACAAGCAGCCAUGCAUUCUAUGCCAGAAAAUACAAGUGCUUCUUAUUUUAUAAGAACUAAAGACAAUUCCUGCAUUUGUGUGAGAAGAUGAUCCAUGGAAAAUAUGGUCAAAGCAUUCCAGAUCUAUGGGGAUCCCACACAGCUCUAAGGACCACCCCCACUCUCCCCUGAUUCCAGAGUAUGGAACAUUUCAUAGCAUUUCUACUAUCCAGGAUUUUACCACAAGAAAAAAGAUUUUGCAGUAAGAAAAAACCCUGCAGCAAACAGAUGUACACCUGAAAUGUGAUUUACAGGUAAUAUAUGCUUGGGUUUUAAAUGCAACCAAAGAUUAUGUCACAUUACAUUUUAUGCAUUUCUUUAAAAAAAAAAAACAACAUAUCCAGAACAUAUUCAGAAUCUUUUAAGUGUUUUUGACUGGUUAAGUGCUUGUGGCAUGUUCAUCUACCACGUGAUGUAUCAAAAAGGAGGAAUUAGCUUCAGAGAGAACCAGUAAUUUACAAAUUAAAUAUCCAGAAAAUACUGGAUAUUGGAAGCUAAAAUCUUUCCACUAUUGAUACAGAUUUUCUGCUCAUGAUACUUAUGUUAUUCUGUGGCAAAAUAGGGUAGGCCUGGCUGGAACUGACCUACCAACUGAAAGCUUGCUCUGCUGACUAUUGCAUCAGGAAUUUCCUGCCUUCUCUUCUUGCAGAGACGUGCAGGGAUUGAAAUAAACAUCCUGAAUUAAGGGGUGCUUGGAAAAUACCCACUUUUGAUGGGUCACUUUAACCAGUUGCUCAGCAGCUUUAGAGCUGACACGUAGAAGCUUUUGAACCAGUGUAUACAAACUUUGUCUUUCUGAGUGUCUCGUUUUCUAAGUGUGUUUGACAACGUGUGCAACACCAGGUCAGAAUGUGGCACUGAGGAAUAAUGCAGCUUUUCUGUGGCAUUUUUAGUGCAGCAGGACCUGAAUGCACAGAGCUCAGAGCAAAGGCUUUGCAUGUCCAGUGGCUGCAGUGCAUCAGAUUUUCUAAAUCAGUGUUUGGUGUAAAAAUCAUGAUAAUCCAUGAGGUCGAUGAUUGCUGAACGUGUCAACUUCUCUGUAUUUGCUUUUCUGUUUCUUUUGUGUGCCAUGAACUAUCAUAUCAAUCCAAGCUUUGGAAAUAAAAAUCAUAAUAUAAAUUGUC